CGGAGCGGAGCGGAGCGGAGCGGAGGAGACAGGAGCACGCUCCGGAGGGGUUCCGCUCCGCAUACAAGAGGCUGCAGAAUGGCACGCGGAUAGUCGAGGACUUUUUACAUUUUAUUUACAAUUUUCGCGGACGCGCGCUCCCCGCGAAGCAAUUGCGAUGGCGUCGACGUACAUCAAGGACGAGACGGGUACGUUUAUCCCCGCGAGUCAACGACCCGAUGGCACGUGGCGCAAGCAACGACGUGUGAAAGAUGGAUAUAUUCCUCAGGAAGAGGUCCCAUUAUACGAGAGCAAAGGAAAGCAAUUGAUAAAGAAGCCUUUGUAUCCUGUGGGCGCGAGUCCAGAAUUUAUAGCCGAACAUAAAGCUAAGAUGGAGGCUUUAGCGGCGAAGAACAAAGUGAUACCCGGCACGCAAGCGAAAACCCAAGAGGGAUCCAAGAAGAAGAAGAAGAAGAGCAAGUCUAAAGCUGUGGAGCCCGUCGUCGAAGGGUUGUCCAAAAUCACGAUCUCAGAGCCCGAAUUUCAUAAAGAAGUUCCAGCCCCCCACACCGACAAGCCGCUGUCUACUGCGAAACAAACCACGACAAACAAUGUAGCUAAGGACAAUUCGAACGCCGCGCAAAAAACGACGGCCGAUCCGCAGAAAAGAUUGAAAAAUCUUCGGAAGAAAAUUAGGGAAAUCGAAAUGUUAGAGGAUAAAAUCAAAACUGGUGCUCUGAAAAAUCCUGAUAAGGAGAUACUCGACAAACUCGCGCGGAAAACGGAAAUCUCUAGGGAGAUAAAAAGAUUAGAGGCUGCUUUAUAGAUCCAUAUCCAAUUGAAACUUUCACACGAAUUUGUCAGUGCCAUCGGAAAAUGGUGCGACAGUAAAACUUUCACAAUCCUAUUAUAUGACAGAGGCAAAUCUUUGUUCCUUUUGACGGUUACAUUACAGUUUUAAUAUUGCAUCUUGUAUUCAUCAUUUUUUUAUUUACUCACAGUGUGUAGAUUGAUAAUAUUGGCCGCAUUCAGGAAACACAACUGUUGAGUGAGCGGUCAGUGAUUCUUUAAUGUGAUUGGUUCUUACCUUUGGUUCUACUCCGGAUCUAAGUGUAAGAACCAAUCAUAAUGAGCGCUCACUCAACAGUUGUGUUUCCUGAACGCGGCCAAUGAUACAUACAUUUAUAUAUAUAUAUAUAUAUACCGCGAUGAUUAUUUAAUUGUCAAUGAUUCUGAAUUCUGAUACUUGAGCAAAAACUUAUACACGUAUCUAUAUGUAUAUAAGAGAACUUACGUGAAAGUUUUAAUAAAAAAAACGAAUGGAGUUUUCGUUAAAUGAAUUAUCCUCAGCAUCACGUCAUGAUUCAAAACGGUUAAAAGAGUAAAAUUAAACAACCAGUUUUAGAUGAAUUUAUAUUAGCGGUCACGAUGAUCUGAAAUACAUGUAGACAUCUGUGAGUGUUUUAAUGAGAAUUAUUAAUGCAUUUAAUAUGAUAAGAUAAACUAUCGAUUUAUAAUAUUUAUAGCGAAUAAACCCGAAAUUAUAUAAAAGUAAAAAUCGUCGCGCUUUUGUGAGAAAAAUAAAUAUUCUCAGAAUCAUUAUCCCAUAAGUUUUUGUUAAUAGUAAUUUUAUUAUAUCAAUAAAGUAUUGUAUCA